AUGUGGUUACAAGCGUAGCUCUCACUGUCGCGCGCACACACACAGAACAUGGCGGACGUACUGGAGCUCCACGAAGCGGGAGGCGAGGACUUUCCUAUGGAUGAGGAUGAAAGCAUCCACAAGUUGAAGGAGAAAGCCAAAAAAAGGAAAGGACGAGGCUUUGGUUCUGAUGAAGGUGCCAGAUCCCGAAUGAAAGAGGACUAUGACACUGUGGAGCAAGAUGGGGAUGAGCCAGGCCCUCAGAGAUCUGUGGAGGGCUGGAUCCUGUUUGUGACUGGCGUGCAUGAAGAGGCCACGGAAGAAGACAUCCACGACAAGUUCUCUGAGUUUGGAGAGAUCAAGAACCUGCACCUCAACCUGGAUCGCAGAACAGGCUACCUCAAGGGUUACGCUCUGGUCGAGUACGAGACGUACAAAGAGGCCCAGGCUGCCAUGGAAGGCCUCAACGGCCAGGACAUGAUGGGCCAGCCUAUCAGCGUGGAUUGGGGCUUUGUCCGAGGGCCACCUAAGAACAAGCGGAGGACCGGUGGACGUCGACGCAGCAGAAGCCCCGACAGGCGGCGGCGUUAAAGGACAUGUCCUUGACACAUGGCCGUCUUCUCAUAAAGAAUAUUUUGUGUUUCCCUCCCCCCCCCUUUUUUUUUUAAAGCAUUUCUCAUGGUCUCAAUUGAUUAGAUUAGAGGAUAACUUCAAGGUGGAGGUUGGCUUAAAAAGUCAGUAACAGCAAUUUUUGUAUUUUGCUAAAGCUGCUGUAGAAAGCGCCAGAAGGAUCUCCAGUCAACCAUACCGGUUAAACAUUGGCCAUACAUGUUGUGACUCUUCAUUUCCUGUUAAUCUCUGUGUAUGCGUUUUAUUGUGCCAGACUGUUUUUGUUUUAUAUGACUUUGGCAACAUUAAAUUUUUUUUAAA